AUGAACGAUGUCCGAGACAAAGUUGUGGCUGGAUCUUCCACAUGGGAAAGUGGUGCAGGUCAGAGCGACUCAUCUCCUGAAAUUCAGUCUUCACCCGGUGGAAGUGGAGAAACUCCACAAACACCGGGAGCUCCAGCACCUUUGGCGCCACAUCUUGCUGCAGACUUGCAUCCUGAUCUCAUCCAACAAGGCUGGCGAAAGUAUUGGUCUAAAAGAGAAAACAGACCAUACUUUUGGAAUAAAAUUUCUGGUGAAUCUAUGUGGGAAUUGCCCGCUGUUAAAAGAGACUUUGAUCCCAUAACAGACCCUUUGGGAAUAUGUCACACAGGUCCCCCAAAUCCAGGGAAUAUGACUCCAAGUGCUAGUAAACGAAGACCCUCAGAAGAUAAUGGCCCUCCCCCUAAAAAAUUUGUUCUGUCUGGUCCAUGGGAUAUUGAGGUACCAACCAAUGUUGUAAUCUAUGAACGCCCUCCUACAAUUUGUCCUCAUCCUCAUCCAGAAGUUGAAGGCUUUAGGUUUACCCUUGCUAAUAAAUUAAGGCAAUGCUAUCAAGAACUUUGUCAUACAAGAGAAAGCAUAGAUGCACCAAAAGAAUCGUUUAACCGUUGGUUAAUGGAGAGAAAAGUGAAUGAUCAGGGAGGUUCUGAUCCACUGUUGCCAAGCCACUGUUUUCCAGAAAUAUCAAGAUCUAUGUAUGAAGAAAUUAUGAACGAUAUACCAAUAAAGUUAACUCACCCAAAAUUUACUGGAGAUGCAAGAAAACAGCUAUCUCGUUAUGCUGAAGCUGCAAAGAAAAUGAUAGAAUCAAGGAAUGCAUCUCCAGAAAGUCGAAAGGUGGUUAAAUGGAAUGCAGAAGAUACAUUUCAAUGGCUCCGGCGUACUGUUGGUGCUACUUAUGAUGAUUUUCAAGAUCGCUUAGCACAUUUAAGGCGGCAAUGUCAGCCUCACUUGGCAGAAACAGCAAAAGCUUCAGUGGAAGGAAUUUGCCUUAAAAUUUAUCAUUUAUCUGCAGAAUAUGCAAGAAAAAUAAGAGAAAAGCACAGUGUUCUCCUAAAAGAAAAUGGAAUUCAGGAAAUGCCAGCUCCACUCCAGCAAGCUGCUCUUCGUAAAGUGUGGUGUUAUCCAGUACAAUUCGCGUUACCGGCACCCAGGCCGCCAAUAGUAGAACAUUUUAUUGAUCGCGAUCAGGUAUUACUGCGGUACCUUGGAGAGACGCAAGUCCUUAACGCUACUUAUUUACAGAAAUUGGAACAUCUAUACCGAUACAGCUGUUUCGACGAUAAGAAGUUUGAAUUAUUUUUAUCGCGCGUAUGGUGUUUACUUAGACGAUAUGCGGCUUGGGUGGGGGCAGGGGGAGGUGAUUCGCACUUGGCACAAAUGUCGGCACCUGUCCCAGUACUUGAGUGCCUCCAGAGAUGCUUUGGAGUCACUUUUGAAUGCUUCGCGAGUCCAUUAGACUGUUAUUUCAGACAGUAUUGCUCUGCGUUCGCCGAUACCGACUCGUAUUUUGGAUCGAGAGGGCCAUUUCUCGAGCUCCGACCUGUAUCGGGGUCGUUGGUUGCGCAUCCGCCCCACUGUGAGCCUUUGCUUGAGGCUGCGUUAAGGCAUAUGGAGAGGCUAUUACAGGAUUCGGCUGAACCACUAAGUUUCGUGGUCUUCUUGCCGGAGUGGCCAGAUAGACCCACUCAUGCCUUACACAAAUUGCAGGCCAGCCAUUUUAAAAGGAAACAGGUCGUUAUUCCUGCAUUUGAACAUGAGUAUCGUCACGGUUUUCAACAUUUGCUUCCGAAAAACGAGAUAUACUUCCGUUGGGGUGGUGGGACCGUAGUAGUGUGGCUUCAAAACGCAGCCGGCUUCGCUCGAUGGGGCCCCACUGAGGACAGAGUAGAGGCUUUACUGGACGCCUGGAGGCCCAGAGCUAAAUUACGAUCGCCUGAAGAUAAUCCUCCAGCUGUUCCAGCACCCACUCCCGAAACUGACACACCAGCGCCGGAUAAACGACCAUAG